CAAGUUUGCGCCCCGAGAGUUUGCGCUGGGUCGCGUCCUCCGGCUCGCCGCUCGGUCCCCGCGAGCCAGGCGGCCGCGCGGCCCUGGAGACAGCCGCCCGCGCGCACUCGGGCGGGAGGACGCCGAGCGGGGUGGCGCGGCCUGGGGCCGGGGCUGCCGCCUCCCGAAGAUGCAGGAUGGCAGCAGAGCCUCCUCCCAGCCUCUCCUACCGCACCACGGGCUCCACCUGUCUGCACCCGCUCAGCGAGCUUCUGGGCAUCCCUCUGGACCAGGUGAAUUUUGUGACAUGCCAGCUCUUUGCUUUGUUUGCUGCUUUCUGGUUCCGCAGCUACUUGAGUCCUGGUAAAACCAGUCCUGAUGUCCGGCAUGCGUUUGCCACCAUUUUUGGCAUCUAUUUUGUCAUCUUUUGUUUUGGCUGGUACUCUGUGCAUCUUUUUGUGCUGGUGUUAAUGUGCUAUGGAAUCAUGGUCACUGCAAGCGCAUCCAAUGUUCACAGAUACUCCUUUUUUGUAGCGAUGGGCUACCUUACGAUAUGCCACAUCAGCCGAAUAUACAUCUUCCACUAUGGCAUUCUCACUACAGAUUUUUCUGGGCCUUUGAUGAUUGUCACUCAGAAGAUCACAACCUUGGCGUUCCAAGUUCAUGACGGAUUAGGUCGAAAGGCUGAAGAUCUUUCCACUGAGCAACAUCAGCUUGCUGUAAAAGCAAAACCCUCCUUUUUGGAAUACGUAAGCUACCUUCUCAACUUCAUGAGUGUCAUAGCGGGCCCUUGUAACAAUUUCAAGGAGUAUAUAGCCUUCAUUGAGGGGAGACAUAUACACAUGAAGUUGCUGGAAGUGAACUGGAAGGAAAAAGGCUCCCACAGCCUGCCAGAACCUUCUCCCACUAGAGCCGUGAUACACAAAUUGUGCAUGACCUUGGUGUCUCUCCUUUUGUUUUUGACGCUUACGAAGACCUUCCCUGUCACCUGCUUGGUUGACGACUGGUUUGUUCAUAAAGCAAACUUUCUGACCCGACUCUGCUACUUAUAUGUUGUCAUGCAAGCCUCGAAGCCCAAGUAUUACUUUGCCUGGACGUUAGCUGAUGCAGUGAAUAACGCAGCUGGCUUUGGGUUCAGCGGAGUGGAUAAGAAUGGAAAUUUCUGUUGGGAUCUGCUUUCUAACCUAAACAUCUGGAAAAUUGAGACUGCCACAAGUUUCAAAAUGUACUUAGAAAACUGGAAUAUUCAGACAGCUACUUGGCUAAAGCGAGUGUGCUAUGAGCGGGUUCCCUGGUACCCCACAGUGCUAACCUUCAUCCUGUCUGCCUUGUGGCAUGGUGUCUACCCUGGAUACUACUUUACCUUCUUAACUGGAAUCCUUGUCACGCUAGCAGCCAGAACGGUGAGGAACAACUACAGACAUUACUUCCUUUCUUCAAAAGCCCUCAAGGUUUUUUAUGACAUAGUCACCUGGGCUGUCACUCAGCUGGCCGUCUCUUAUACAGUCGCCCCCUUCGUUAUGUUGGCCGUUGAACCCACCAUCAGUUUAUACAAGUCCAUGUACUUUUACUUACACAUUAUCAGUCUCCUGAUCAUACUAUUCCUGCCAAUCAAACCACAAGCUCAUAAUCAAAGGCGGCCUCAGACUCUGAACUCUGUUAAUAAGAAAAAAAUAGAUUGAUACCUCCAAAAAAAAGAAACAAACAAAAGCUGAACACGUAAGACUGCAAAUCACUGGACAGAGGAGAUAAAAAGACUCCAGAGUUCUCCAGUGACUUAGAGGUGAUGUUUACAUGCAUCUAUUUUGUUUUGAUUUUUUAAGUGCAGGGAGUAUUUUUAUAAAGCUUUUUUUGUACCAUUGAAUCAGCCAUGUCCAGUUGAUUUAAUACUUUCUAGGACAUUUGAGUCGUAUGGAGGUGUGUGGAGAAUGUGCUAGAACUGCAGAGACAGUCCAUUCUGGGCUAGCUGGGUCUUCACUUUUCUGGCAUGAUCUCCAACCACUGAAAUCUGGACGUUGGGAACCCGGGCGUCUGCUCCAGAAGUUAGAAGGUAAAGCUGAGAUGACUUGUCUUCCAGAACAUAUGCAAGACGGUUGUUCCUUGGGAAGCCCCCCAAUACUUUGCCUUGUGACAUUACUGUUCUCAAACACAUUAACUACACUCAGAAGACUGCCGGGGAGGGACCGUGUGGAGGGAGGUUUGCAGAAUACUGAAAAUUCAAUGAGCCUGGAGGACUAACUGUGAAUGGACACUUGAAUGGAUUGGAAGUCAGGCACGUGCCCUGAAGGUGGCUGCGUUUCCUCCCAACCCUCCCCGCACCAGGGAUGUAACCCUUCUUUCUUCUGAAAUGAGCCAAGAUUGGAAAUCAGAAAGUCUCCUGUCCACAUACCAGAAGUCUCAGAGGGGCUACUGUUUUCCAAAUGUUUUCCAUUGCAUAUGUGCCUUCUGCUUGCCCAGGCAUGGCCCUGAGAAAACACCCAGAUUUCACAUCAUUAAGGGAGAGGGAUGUCUUUUUAUAAAUAUUUUUAAAAGUAAUUUAAAGUUAUAUUGAAGUUUGGGAAGAAGAGGCAGAUAUUUCUCUUUUUUCCCCUCACUUCUCAGAGGUGUUCAUGAUCACAGCCAUGAUGUUCACUUGGGCUGGUUUCCAUUUUUUUCAGUUUCAUAGCUGAUUAAAUCUGACAUUGUUUUAGUUAAAUCAUCCUAUUAGAAAGCAGAGAUUGAAAAACGGUUUUCCUUUCUAUCUUUGUAAUGAAUGUGCUGUGGCUCCUUUGGGAAACUUCUAUUGGGUGAUAUUCUAUGUGGGAGAAGGAAACAUGGCAUUAAAUGUUGUGGAAAAUAAUAAUGAUAAUAAUAAAAUAUAUGCUACAAUGUUGUACCCUCAAUCAAAUACCUUGGGAGGAGAGAAUCUGUUCAAAUCAGAUGGUGAAAAAUGAGUUUCUUACUAAAUCAA